UUAACUUGAAGUAUUGCACUCAUCACUACCACACAGCAAAAACAGAGUGAGAGAGAAUUACACUAAAAUGGAAGAGGAAGCGUUAGAGGUUGGUAAAUGUAUUCUGAAAUUACUUUGGGAAGCCUUCAAAAGGAUGAAAGAUCUCCCAAAAGUAGUUGACGAGAUUCAAACUGAACUUGACGAGUUGAAAAACUUAAUCAAUUUGGAGGAGCAAAGGUUGAUGAAGGAGAGAAAAACAGCAUUUCUCGCGGAAGAUGUGAUUGACGAGUUCGAGACACGUAUUAAAGAAAAGCAACCUCAAGAUGAUCGUGGAUGGGCAGCGUUCCCCGCUAAGGCUGUUUACCACAUCCAAACUCUCAUCCCUCGAUUUCUAAUAUCAUAUAAGGUUAAUGAUAUUUUAUCAGAUGUUCGUAACACAAAGGAGCGUUUACAAAGAAAUCGUCCACAAUCAACACAAAACAACAACAAUGUCACAUUUCAUCAUUGUCGAAUGGAUCCUCUCUUUAUGGAGGAAGAGGAGGUUGUUGGACUUGCUGGACCUACAAAGAUAUUGACAGAUUGGUUAGAAAAUGGACAAAGGGAACGCACUGUGAUUUUUGUUGUGGGUGUUGCAGGAGUUGGAAAAACCACUCUUGCCAAGCAUGUUUAUGACAAGGUCAUCUGUAGCAACUUUGUUCACCAUGAAUUCUUCACAGUGUCUCAGUCCAACACUGUAGAAGAAUUUUUGGGGGUUAUGUACAGGCAUUUCAUGAAAAGCGAGCCACCUUCCGAUUAUUCUAUUUUGAAAAAUGAAGUCAGAGGUUACUUGCGUGGGAAGAGGUAUGUUCUCUUGUUUGAUGAUGUAUGGGAGGACAAAUUUUGGGAAACAAUUGAAACGGCUUUGAUUAAAAAUGAAAAUAAAAGUAGGAUAAUAAUCACAACAAGGAAAAAGAGUGUUGCGAAAUCUUUUACGAAUUCUACUCUUUUUAAAAAAUACAAUCUUGAAGAACCUUUAACUGAAGAAGAAUGUUUGAGGUUGCUCCAUAAGAAGGCAGGUUAUAGUUCUGAUUGUCCAGAAGAACUUAAAGAUAUAUCUCUUGAAAUUGUUAGCAAGUGUAGUGCUUUACCUCUAGCAAUCGAGGUCGUUGGACGAGUCUUGUCACAAAAAGAUAGAAGUGCACAUGAGUGGGGACUGUUUAGUGAAGAGUUGAACUGGAAUCUGACGAAUCCGACGAAUCCUGAAUUUAAUAUUAUAGAAAAAGUUAUAGGUUUAAGUUAUGAUAAUUUGCCGACCCAUCUCAGGUUAUGUUUAUUGUAUUUCGGAAUGUAUCCGAAACAUUAUGAAAUUAAAUCUGGGAGAUUGGUUAGGCAAUGGGUGGCUGAAGGAUUUGUUACCCACGAAGAGAGAAAAACUUUAGAAGAAGUUGCACAGGAAUAUUUACUAGGGUUGGUCCAUACAAGUUUGGUGCAAGUGGCAUCAUUUUCCAUGAAAGGAAAAGUGAAAACAUGUCGUGUUCAUGACUUAAUACACAAUAUGAUCCGUACAAAAGUGAAGCAUACAUAUUUUGGCGAGUAUAUUGGCGGAGGGCAUGAUCAAUCUAAGUCAAGUGAGUUGGUUCGACGUCUGGCAAUUGAAACCAACAAUGAUUUAAAUAGACCAAUUGAAAGAUCACACAUUCGGUCAAUUAUAAGCAUUCCAGGAAAACAAGAAGAAUCAUGGUCUUCCGAUUUGGAAAGGAAUGUUCUUAAAGAUGACAUGCCAUUGAAGGUACUUGAUUUUGAGGGUUGUGGAUUACUUUGUGUUCCUAAAAUGUUGGGGAAUUUUAUCUACCUGAGGUAUUUAAGCUUUAGGGGGACGCAGAUAACAGUUCUUCCAAAAUCCAUAGGUAAGCUCGUGAACUUGGAGACCUUGGAUAUACGACAAACGCAAGUGCUUGAGUUGCCGAAGGAGAUCACAAAGCUCAGAAAGUUACUGCAUCUUCUGACACCUGACUCUGCAUUUUCUUCAAUUGAAUGGAAGGAUAUUGGAGGCAUGACAAAGCUGCAAAAGAUACCACAAGUGCGUAUGGAGGAUGAUGGAGUGGCCAUUACAGAGGUAGGGAAGUUAAAGCAGUUAAGGGUUCUGAGGGUGCUUUGUUUCGGCGCAGAGCACAUUACUUUACUUUUCUUCUCAAUCAAUGAGAUGGAACACUUGCAAGCACUACGCAUUGAAAAAUCUGGUGAUCGCAUUGUGGUUGACUUGAACACUGCGUCAAUGUCUGGUGGGUCAAGACUUAGGAAGCUUUUCCUUGAUAUGAAGUUAGAAAGGUUACCAAAUUGGUUUCCCCAACUCCGUCAUCUUGAGAGAUUGACCUUGCGCCACUCUGACUUAAGCAGUGAUCCCUUGGAAUCACUAAAAGAUAUGCCUAGUUUGUUGGUGCUCUCUUUAUCCCACGCUUAUGAAGGUCAAACUUUGCAUUUUCAAUCGGGAGGGUUCAAGAAACUGAGAAAGCUAAAUCUCGAACAUCUUUGGAACUUGAAUUCGAUCCUUAUUGAUGAGACAGCACUGCAGGCUCUGGAAUAUUUUGAGUUGACAUGCCUGGAUGAUCUCAGAACUGUCCCCGAUGGCAUUCAACAUCUGAAUAAACUUAAAUUUGUUCGUGUCCCUUAUAUGCCAACUCAAUUUGUUGAGGAAAUUGAUCGCAUUGGUAAAGACAAGCCCUGGAGAAUCAAUUAUGGCUAUAUGUGAUUCGCGGGAAGCUGUAACCGAAGAUUCUCUCAGUACUUGCGAUCCUUGAAACGGUGGAUCUGGAUUUGAUGCAUAGUGCAAGGCCCCUUAUAUUAUCAUGAUGUUUUCUAAGCUUACUUCUAUAUUUUCCACUUUUCUUUUCCAAAAUAUGUAUCUAAAUUUUAGUUUGAGGGUGAAGAAUCCUACCAGCAACUUGAUGUUAUAUGUAAUUGAAGUUUAUUUCUUUGAUGCUUUUA